AUGGAAGCUCUCAAAUAUAUAGCUGUCGUUGGUGUGAUUUUAGCAUUGAUUGGCGAAUGCAAUGGGCAACCUGGUGCAGAGGUUCCACUGAGUUCAUGGAAAGUUAAUAUUUUGAAUGAGAUGACCAAAGACUCAUUGUUUAUUCGAUGUAAGUCUAAAGAUGACGAUUUAGGUGCACAAAAUUUAGGUGUAAAACAACAAUUUUCAUGGAGUUUCAAGGAGAAUUUAUGGCAAACAACAUUGUAUUGGUGUUAUAUGCACAAUGCCAAAAGUCAUGCUUCAUUUAACGUGUAUUGGCCUGAGAGAUCCGGUUGGCUUGCUUUUAGAUGCCAACUCAGAAACUGCAUUUGGUCUGCUCGAGAUGAUGGAAUUUACUUGAAGACCAACACUCAUAAUACUUAUGAGCUCAUACAUACUUGGGAACCUGGAAUGUGA